AUGUUCGCCUCGUCCAAGACACCAGCCUGGUCACUUCCAGAGCCGCAGCUUAGUGUUGUGCGCCCCGGCAUCUCGCUCUUAAAGCCAUUAUCACGUCGUGGCGAAGGCCCUGGUCUAAUUGUCCUGUGUCCGGAUGCCGCAGACUCGCUGACGAUCACCAACGGUGUGCCUUGGCCGCUUAUAAAAUGGGCCGAGGAAGGUUACGCUGUCGCUGAGAUACAGGCCCGGGCGGUUGUCGACGCUGCCGCCGCUGUCACCGCUGUCCAUGAUGCUCUAAGGGCACUUUCAGAUUGCAAUAAAUGCGCCCCGAAAGCUAAGGUAGGGCUUGUUGCUUACAGCGCGUUACUGUGGAACAGCGUGGCUGCAGCCAUCCCGCAGUUUACAGAGGUUGCUGGGGCUGUCAUAUAUGCAGAAGCCUCGGAACAGGCCACGGUUUCUGUAUCGGCUACGCCGCGCUUGCUUCACCUCGGCGGUCCCUCAUCUGCAGGCCGCGCUAUGGAGCGAUCCGAGGGCCUAACACAGUACCGGUAUCCCAACACAAAAUCGUAUCGAUUCGCGAUCCCAUUUCAAGACGACUUUGAUUACUCUGCAGAGGCCGUGGCACACACCCGCAGCCUCACCUUCCUCAAACCCCUUGUGAGCGGGCCCUUUUUUGACCUCGAGACCUUGUGGGAAGAGCACACCUUCUAUGAGUUUGAAGACCGUUCCGUCGAGCAUACCAUGAGCACCAUGGUCCAAGAGCCCUACGUAAAUCACAUCCCGACGAUUACAGGCGGCAUCGGUCGAGCAGAUCUGACUUCAUUCUAUGGAAAUCACUUUAUCUUCACCAAUCCUCAGAAUGCCGCGAUGGAACUUGUCAGCCGAACCAUUGGCAUCGACCGUGUCAUCGAUGAGUUCCUCUAUAAAUUCACCCAUGACAGCAUCAUUGAUUGGCUGCUUCCAGGCAUUCCGCCCACCGGAAAAUGGGUAGAGGUCCCAUUCACUGCUGUCGUGAACAUUCGCGGCGAUCGCUUGUAUCAUGAGCACAUCGCCUGGGAUCAGGGCACACUUCUGGCCCAGCUUGGUUUGCUGCCUGAGUACUUGCCCUUUCCGUAUCCCGUCCCCGGCAAGGCACCUUCUUCUAAGGAUGAGCCGGAGAGAAAGUACGAGUACCGUUUACCUGUCGCGGGCAUUGAGACUGCGGCUAAGCUAAGGGAUAAGAAUUCUGGGCCAUCAAAUAAGAUGUUCGAAUUCGCCGUCCGAGAAUGCUAG